AUGGGGACAGCAGCCCCAGCGCUCUUGGUACUGCUAAGCCUAAGAGUGACUAUUUGUGAUGCUGAGGACGCCUGCUCAGAGGUGAGAAUAGUGGGACUGAGUGAUGCUGACCGACUCGCCAUUCUUCAAGGAUGUCCAGGCAUCCCAGGUGCCUCUGGCCCAAAAGGAGAACCAGGUCUCCCAGGAACAAAAGGAGAAAUGGGAGACCAGGGAUUCCCUGGGAAAGCAGGACCACCUGGUGCAAAAGGAGCAGCUGGAGAGCCUGGCUUCCCAGGACAGAAAGGAACAAAAGGAGAGCCUGGAUUUCCAGAAAUAUGGGGUGAGAACUGCCAAGAACUGCUGGCCAAAGGGAAGAUUUUGAGUGGCUGGUACAAAAUCUACCCCCAAGACUGCAAUGCCACCACCGUCUUCUGUGACAUGGACACUGAUGGUGGGGGAUGGAUUGUUUUUCAGAGGCGCUGGGAUGGGUCAGUGAACUUCUUGCGAGAUUGGGAUUCAUACAAACGAGGCUUUGGCAACCAGCUAACGGAGUUCUGGAUGGGGAAUGACAACAUCCAUUUCCUCACCUCUCUGGGACCCUGUGAACUCCGUGUUGACCUGAGAGACUUUGAGAACAACUACUAUUUUGCCAACUAUGCUUCAUUCAGAGUUUUAGGAGAGUCAGAGAAAUACAGACUAGUUCUAGGAGACUUCCUUGGUGGAAAUGCUGGAGACUCUUUAUCGUACCACAGGGACAUGCCAUUUUCAACAACAGAUCAAGACAAUGACAUGAGCUCCUUUAACUGUGCCACAGAAUACAAGGGAGCAUGGUGGUACAAUGACUGUCAUUACUCCAACCUGAAUGGGAUGUACUGGAUGGGUGCACAUGGGAGCUACGCUGAUGGCAUCAACUGGAAGACAGGCAAAGAAUACCACUACUCCUAUAAGCGAACGGAAAUGAAGUUCAGGCCAGUUUAA